GGGAAAGUGAGCAUGGAAGGUCGUCGAGACCUCCGCCCAAUUUCGAUGAGUUCGAGAAUUUCUUUCUUCAUACAAAUCCUUUCAUAGAAACUCACUCUGUACAUUCCAUUCCAUUCCAUUCCAUUCCACGAUUCAAUUCAAUGGCUCAUCUUCUCAACACUUCCUUCGUCGCCGUUUCCUCUCCAUCUCUCCGGCGGGGGCCAUUUCUCCGACCGCCAUUUCAUCCCAGAAGGCGGUCUCUCCAAGUCCAGGCCAAGAUCCGUGAGAUUUUCAUGCCUGCUCUCAGCUCCACCAUGACCGAGGGUAAGAUUGUGUCCUGGAUCAAGACCGAGGGCGAUAAGCUCGCCAAGGGUGAGAGUGUUGUUGUUGUCGAGUCUGAUAAGGCUGAUAUGGAUGUUGAGACCUUUUAUGAUGGCUAUCUCGCUGCUAUUAUGGUCGAUGAAGGAGGCGUUGCGCCUGUUGGAUCUGCAAUUGCGCUUUUGGCUGAGACUGAGGAUGAGAUUUCUGUGGCUAAGUCCAGAGCUGCUAAUCCUUCUUCUGCUUCUGCUUCUGCUUCUGCUUCUGCUUCUCCAGCUUCGGAGAAGAUUCCUGAGAAUGUAGGUACUGCGACGGCGGCGCCGGUUGCGGUGGCGAAGGCGGCUCCGGUGGUAGUGGCUUCCACUCACCCUGCAUCUGAAGGGGGUAAGAGAAUUGUAGCGUCUCCGUAUGCUAAGAAGCUGGCUAAGGAGUUGAAUGUGGAGCUGGCGACGGUGGUGGGAACUGGGCCGUUGGGGAGAAUUGUUGCUAAGGAUGUUGAAGCUGCAGCUUCUGCAGCUGUUUCGAUAUCUGAUGCCGCUAAGCCAGUUUCGGCUGCGGGAAGCAGCACGAAGCCUGCCCCAUCCCUGGAGUUGGGAACCACUGUGCCGUUUACCACAAUGCAAGGGGCGGUGAGUAGGAACAUGGUUGAGAGUCUCGCGGUGCCCACUUUCAGAGUGGGGUAUACCAUUACAACAGAUGCGCUUGAUGCUCUAUAUAAAAAGAUUAAGUCAAAGGGAGUGACCAUGACAGCAUUACUUGCAAAGGCUACAGCUCUGGCACUGGCUAAACAUCCUGUAGUAAAUUCCAGUUGUAGGGAUGGUAAGAGCUUUACUUAUAAUAGUAGCAUCAAUAUUGCAGUUGCUGUCGCCAUUGAUGGUGGCUUGAUCACACCAGUGCUUCAGGAUGCAGAUAAGGUGGACAUUUAUUCUUUGUCUAGAAAGUGGAAGGAGUUAGUAGACAAGGCCAGAGCCAAGCAACUGCAGCCUCAGGAAUACAACACUGGUACAUUCACUCUUUCUAACCUCGGAAUGUUCGGUGUGGAUCGAUUCGACGCAAUUCUGCCACCUGGAACUGGAGCCAUCAUGGCAGUAGGAGCAUCUAUCCCCACGGUUGUGGGCACCAAGGAUGGUCGGAUUGGCAAGAAAAACCAAAUGCAGGUAAAUGUAACAGCGGAUCAUCGAGUAAUAUACGGGGCGGAUCUUGCUACUUUCUUGCAAACCUUGGCGAAAAUCAUCGAGGACCCUAAAGACCUUACACUAUAGUGUUAGUUGCAUUUUUGAACCCCAAAUUUAUCCUUCUUUUUCACACUAGUUUUCUUAUGAUUUGAUGUUUCUUUUCACACUAUUUGAGUCGGAUGUGGUAGAAACUAGAAAGUAAGAAAUUGUUUUCUGAGUCUGCUGUUGCCCAUGUCCUGUGAAGAACGAGAGCAUAAUUUUGAAGGGGAUGUUAUGGAAAGACCUAUUUAUCCACAAUAGUACGAUAUUGUCUACUCUGAACAUAA